UGGAACUCCUGGCCGGCGUUCCGUGCCGCGUGCUGCUGGCGGUCCUAACGUUCCAGAGCGGACCCGAGCGAGCCGGAGCUUCAGCUGCUGUCACUUCUGCCCAACGGCUCCGCGCCUCCAGACAGCCGCGGCUCUUUGAAGCGUCCCCGCUUAGCAGACUAGCUAGAGAGCCCCCCGACCAACACAGACAGACUUGUUUACAUGUCCGCUGAAGGACGGCUGGCCGCUCCCUCCGUGUCUUAUUAUUUUUUUUUGCACCGACGUCCACUCGUUAACGGCCGCCGCUUAGAGCUCCGCGCGGAGGUUGAUCGCAACCAGCAGGAUGACCGAGGAGCUCGAGCAAAUCCUGCUGCGGCUGACCCAGCCUGACAACGCUGUUAUCCAGCAGGCCACAGCCCAGCUGCAACAGGCGUUCAAGGACCCGGCUAUCAUACCAGCCCUCUGUGCUGUGAUGAGUGGCUCCCAAAACCCCGAGAUUCGCCAGUCGGCUACAGUGAUGCUGAGGUUAAGGGUGAAGAAGCACUGGAACAAGAUCAACCCCAACGACAGAGAGAGCCUCAAAGCAGUGGUGCUGCAAGCCUUCACCAUGGAAACAGAGCACAAGGUGCAGCACUCUCUCUCCCAGCUGUGCGCGGUGAUGGUCAAACACGAAACACCGGACCGCUGGCCCGCUCUGCUGCAGCUCCUCAACCAGUCCACCAAGAGCACAAAUCCUCACGACCGACAGAUUGGCCUCCUGCUGCUGAACAAGGUCAUAGAGUCCAAUCCUGAGCCCUUCAAGCCUUACUACUGCCAGCUGCUGCAGCUGUUCAGCGCCGUGCUGCAGGACUACAACAACCCCACCGCGCUGUACUACUGCAUCCUCACGCUGACCGCCAUAACGGCCUACACCGGCACCGAAGAGAUGAAGCAAAUGCGCGCCAUCAUUCCGAGCCUGAUCGCUGCUCUAAAACACCUCAUCAAGGCAGAUCAGGUCCAAGCCAGUGAAGCCUUGGAGGUGUUAAUUGAGCUCAUGGAGAUCGAAGUGUCCAUCAUUGUGCCCCACAUUACAGACAUCGUCCGCUUCUGCCUGGAAGUGGGCAGUGACACAGCACUGAGUGACUCUCUACGAGUUAAAGCGCUCUCCUGCAUCACCUUCCUCAUCAAGCUGAAAAGUAACACGGUGCUGAAGCAGAAGCUGCUGGGUCCCAUCCUGCAGAGCAUCUUCCCCAUUCUGACGGCGGUGCCCUCACCUGGCGAGCAGGACCCCGAGGAUGAAGAGGAUGAUGGCGGGGACCCCACCGACAGCGAUAACCCCAAACACGGCGCCGCUCAGAUGAUCGACACCAUGGCGCUCCACAUGCCUCCAGAGAAACUGUUCCAUCACCUUCUCCCCCUCACCCAGGCCUGCCUCACCAGUGAGAACCCGUACCAAAAGAAGGGCGGCCUCAUGUGUCUUGCUGUGCUGGCUGAGGGAUGUGCAGACUACAUUCGCUCCAAGAUGCUGUCGUCGGUGCUGCAGACCGUCUGCCAGAGUCUGACGGACAGCGACAGGGUGGUGCGCAGCGCCGCCCUCUUUGCUCUGGGCCAAUUCUCAGAACAUCUACAGCCUGAAGUCAGCAAGUACUGCGCCGAGUUGAUGCCUUUGCUGCUGGGGUACCUGUCGUCUCUGAACGAGGCCAAAAUUGGCCACGUCACCAAAGCCUUUUAUGCUCUGGAGAACUUCAUGGAGAACCUGGGUUCAGAUAUUGAACCCUACCUUCCCACCUUGAUGGAGACCAUGCUGUCUGCCCUCAUCAACGCAGAGAGCCUGAAAAUAAAAGAGCUGGCCAUGUCUGCCAUUGGCGCUAUAGCUAAUGCAGCCAAGGAGAUGCUGGUUCCCUAUUUCCCUCCAGUGAUCGAAAGCCUGAAAGGUUUCCUCACCGCCACCACGGAGGAGAUGAGGCCUCUGCAAAAUCAGUCCCUCGACACUCUGGCUGUCCUGGCCCGCACCAUCGGCAAAGAUGUCUUCAGUCCCCUCGCUGCAGAAUGCAUUCAGCUCGGCCUCAACCUCACCGACGCCAUCGACGACCCUGACCUGAGACGCUGCACGUAUGGUCUGUAUUCGGCCGUGUCCACAGUCAGCCCCGAGAGCCUGACCCCCCACCUCGUUGCCAUCACAACCGUGAUGCAGCUCGCCCUGAAGUCCAGCGAAGGAGUCACGGCGCACCUCGAAGAGGACAAGACCUUCCUCCUGCUCGAUGAUGACGACGACGACGAUGACGAGAAGGACAACAACAAAAACAAAGCAGGAAAAACCGAAGAGGACUGUUUGGAGGACGAGCCGGAGACGGACAUCCACGACGUGGCAGGGUUCAGCGUGGAAAACGCCUACAUCGAUGAGAAGGAGGACGCCUGUGACGCCUUGGGAGAGAUCGCCUUAAACACAGGCGCCGCCUUCCAGCCUUUCCUGGAGUCCAGCUUCCAGCAGGUCUUCGAGAUGAGAGACUUUCCUCAUGAGGACGUCCGCCGGGCAGCGCUGGGCGCUCUGGGUCAGUUCUGUCAAGCUCAGCACAAAGUGUGGGCUGAGAAUCACUCAGAGACCAACCACCAGGCCCUGUUGAAGCUGCUGGACGUGGUUCUCCCAUGCUUCUUUGAGACGGUGCGGACGGACCGCGAGCGUCUGGUGGUGAUGGGCGUCCUGGAAGCCAUGAACGGCGUGAUCAAGUCCUGCAAGGGGGAGGUUUUCAAAAACCCCUCCCACCUCAAGGAGAUCAGCCACCUGAUCCGUGACGUGCUGAAAAAAAAGACCGCUUGCCAAGGCAGUGGCAACGAUGAAGCUGAUGAUGAAGACCAGCAGGCCGAGUACGACGCCAUGCUCCAGGAGUUUGCAGGAGAAGGGAUUCCUCUGGUGACCUCCAGUGUUCCUGCAGACAAGUUUGCUCCGUACCUUAAUGACCUGCUGCCUCUCAUCAUGAGCAAAGCUAAAUCGUCCUGCACGGUGGCUGAUCGCUCCUUCUCUGUGGGGACCAUCGGGGAAAUCCUCCACGCUCUGGUGACGGCGCCAGCAGGCCGGAGUGUGGCAGCGCGACUCUCCAACCGCCUCCUCCCCGUGCUCGUGGCCGGAGUGAAGGACGGCGACGCCGAGGUCCGCAACAACAGCGUGUUUGGGCUGGGAUGCCUGGCUCAGGCAGCCGGGCCGCUCAUCGUGUCAGACUACCCCAUGAUGCUGUCGGUGUUUUCAAACAUGCUGGGCAAGGAGUCCGACCUCAGGGUCAUCGACAACCUGUGCGCUGCCCUCUGCCGGAUGAUCAUGAGCAACGUGGACGCCGUCCCCCUGGAGCAGGUCGUGCCUGCUCUGGUGUCCCAUCUUCCCCUUAAAGAGGAUCAGGAGGAGAACCAGACGGUGUUGAGCUGCCUGACGUUGCUCUACAAGCACAGUCCUGCCCUGGUGGUGAAGGUGAUGAAGCCCGUCGUCGCUGCUUCCUGCCAUGUCGUCGGCCACAAGGACGUCAAUCAAGAAACCCAGAGCUGUGCGGUAGCUCUGAUGAAAGAAUUGGCCCAGAAGCACGGCGCAGAGUUCCAAGCAGCAGCCGCCUCCCUUCCUGCAGAGCAGCGAGCCAAAGUCGCCGUGGCCGUCAGCUCCUCAUAGCCCCAGCGCGCUCUGCCUCUAACACAGAGGUGGGACAGGGGACGUCUGUUUCCCCUCAAUGAUGCAUCUGGCACUUAGGCCCCACUAGCAAUUUCACAAGAUCUGCCUCUAAUUUAUUGUUCAAAUUUCACCACUGUUCUGUUUAACUCUGUUUUUCUGUUCUGGGUUUUGUUAUUCCUCUAAGAAUAUAAAGUUAUUUUCACUCAGACAUUAAAGUUUACAGGAUCCACUCAUCUGUGCGAAGUUUAGAUUAGCGAUUCAUUUCCAGAUCAGUUCACAUUCUUUCUGCUCUGAGCUCAUCUAAGUGCCUGUUUCCUUUAUCUUGUCAUGCAAAGUCCAAACUCUAUUUUUCCAUGACUAAAGGAAUAAAUCCACCUGACACAGCAGAGGUAACUUAAACACACCUGAUGUAAAUAAAGUUAUCUCUCACUAAGUCUUCCUGUGAAUACGUGCUGUAAACCCGUCUUUUGGUCGUAUGUGGUGCAGGAAGUGAAAAAAGGAAAAGCAAACAUUUGCACACAUGUAACAAAGAUUUUUACGAGCUUUCAUAUCUGCUUACGUUCAGCUGUUUCAACCCCUCCCCUUUGGAAAGUUAAGUAGCGUUUAAACUCUGAAGUACGUUUAAAAACUGGACAUCUACUACAUGCCAGCCCUGUUUAUUAAUAAAUCUGUUUCUCUUCUA